AACCAAUACCAUACUAGCCGGGAAGCAAAAAUUUAAGAUGGCCGUAUAAACAAAAUUGUUGUAAUGUAGUCGAUGUAAAAUUUCUUGCUAGUUCAGACAUCACAGUUCACAGUUCUUCUUAGCAUUACUUAAAAUGCAUAAUACAUCAUGGUCAAAGACAUUACGGGAUUUUCUAAAAAAGAAACAAAAUAAACAUCAAACUAAGACUACAAAAGAAGAAGAAUUGGAAAUUUUUACAAAUGUAUACAAACAAUUUAAAGGUCUUGACAGCGACCACAAAAAUGUACCUAGUCUAUAUUCAAAACUUCCAUCUGAAGAUGAACCAUUGCUUAUGAAACUAAGGGAAGAGUCUAGAGCUUUAUUUCUUCAAAGAAGGAGUAGGGAACUACUAGACAAUGAUGAACUUCAGAAACUUUGGUUUUUAUUGGACAAACAUCACACACAUCCACUGAAUGGCGAUGAGCAGAUGAUAUCUUAUGAAGACUUUCUCAAAGUGCAAGAAGAGGCCGGAUCCAAGUGCAAACCUUUCUUUCAAGCAUCAGUAUUUUGUAAGCUGCUCCAGAAUGACCCAUAUGGUAGAAUAUCCAUCAUGCAAUUUUUCAAUUAUGUCAUGCGCAAAGUUUGGCUUCAUCAGACUCGUAUUGGUUUGUCUCUCUAUGAUGUUGCUGGCCAAGGCUACCUUAAAGAGUCGGACCUAGAAAAUUACAUUUUAGAACUGAUUCCCACACUACCCCAGCUCAAUGGACUUGAAAGGUCAUUUUACUCAUUCUAUGUUUGCACAGCUGUUCGUAAGUUUUUCUUCUUUCUUGAUCCCUUGAGGAAUGGGAGGAUUCGAAUACAAGACAUUCUUGCCUGUAGUUUUUUGGAUGAUCUGCUUGAGUUGAGGGAUGAAGAAUUAUCUAAAGAAAUGCAAGAAUCUAAUUGGUUUUCAGCACCAUCUGCACUCCGUGUUUAUGGCCAGUAUCUGAAUCUUGAUAAAGACAGAAAUGGGAUGCUGAGUAAAGAAGAGCUAGCUAGGUAUGGUACUGGAACAUUAACUGAUGUAUUUUUAGACAGAGUCUUUCAAGAAUGUCUCACUUAUGAGGGUGAAAUGGACUACAAAACAUACUUAGAUUUUGUUUUAGCCAUGGAAAAUCGCAGGGAGUCUCAAGCUCUAAGGUACUUGUUCAGAAUACUAGAUGUCCAGCACCAGGGUCACCUUAAUGUAUUCUCACUCAACUUUUUCUUCAGGGCUAUUCAAGAACAGAUGAAAAUCCAUGGCCAAGAGCCAAUCAAAUUUCAGGAUGUCAAAGAUGAAAUUUUUGAUAUGGUUAAGCCUAGGAAUCCUUUGAAGAUCACACUUAAUGAUUUAAUUAAUAGUGGCAAAGGGGAUACAGUAGUGAGUAUUUUGAUUGACCUCAAUGACUUUUGGACCUAUGAGAAUAGAGAAUAUCUUAUCCCUGAUUUGUCUGAUGAGGUGUGACCCAGGCAAGGGUUAGCUGGUAUUGUCCAUCAUUAUGUAAACACCAUUUUCAACCAUGUCAGACAAAACUUCUACAUAUGUAAAUCUGUUUUUUUUUCAGACAAAAGACUGUUGUUAUUUGACAUUUAACAUUCCUUCAUACUUACUAGGACCUUAAUUAAUUCUGUGCUGAUACAAUCAUGUGUCUUUUUUUUUUUAAAUAAUCAAAUGAGAUUGUGAAAUGUAUACUUCUUCCCUUUUAUAAAGUUAAUUUAAUAUUUUUUUAAUGUCCCUAUGCAUAUAUUUUUUCAUCUUUUGUUUUACUAGUCACAAUGCUAAAGUAAAAGCUAAAUAAAAUAUAAAGGAAUUAUAAUAAUUCUGUAAAAUCACAAGCACUAGUAGUAACUUUUGUGUUUAGUUUCAAUGGAAGUAGUUAAAUACAUUUCAUUCAAGUCGUUACAUUUCAAUUGUUUGCUCAUCACUGUAACUGUGUGGGAUCAUGUUUGAGAUAUUUGCAAGAGACAUUGUAUGUAUCACAGGAUCUGAUGUUUGUCAAUAAAAACUUGCGUUUUUAAUUUC